GAUUGGUGAAACCGCCGCGGAUUAGGAAAUAGGUGGUCGGUCAGUGAACAGAAAUAUGCUGAAACACGAGAAACCCUAAAAACGGCUGAACUGUCUUGUGUUGUUGAAUUUUAUAGACAUUGCGGUUGCCUUGGAAACAUUGUUCCGGAAAUCGUCCUGGAAAUAAUAUUAAAGGUCCGCAAGCGCCACAGCAAUAGUCUCUGAGGUGCUGUGUGUUUAACGUUAGCUCUGCUAGCUGUGUGUUGAUAGGCUGUCACUGAGUUAGGUUAGUUACAUUGAGCUGCUAGCUGCAAAUGCUGUGGUUAUUGUGUUAAUGUUACAUGUAUGCGAAUGGAUUGUUUUGCUGUAAUCCAUUUGGGCUUUUGGGAGAAGUUUUGGCUUGCUGGUCAAGUUCUAUAGCUAGUGGGUUAUGCAGUCAGGUGCAGUUCACUGACACAUUUAUAUAGCUAGAUGGCUAGUUAGGGUAACAGAUAGCUGAUGUGCUGAUUUAGUUAUUUAAGUCAGAUUUUUAGUCGUUCACUGCGUUUUGCACACUCUGGCAACAUGAAUCCCAUUAAGAAGUCUUGUCUGGUCCUUAUUGUGGCAUUAGCUGUGACUUUGGAUGUGACAGCUGGUGAAGUAAUACCAGAUGAGGAAGGAGAUGCGCAGGUCGAUGAUAAGGAUGGCUCCAGAAUUUUGUCGGGACAUGCAUAUGUUCCUAAAGAUGCCCAGCCUGACAGCAGCACAACAGACACUGGUGUGGAAAGCGAGAUUGAGGCGAUUGAAAAGGAAGACCUUCCAAGUCAGCCCCCUCCACCAGAGGAACAUCGUAAAGAAGUUCCGGUGGUGACUGGUGGAACGGCCUCUGGAGAGCCCUGCGUCUUUCCUUUUCUUUUCCAAGGGAAAGAGUUCUCGGAGUGCACUACUGAAGGCAGAGGAGACGGGAGGCUGUGGUGUGCCACAACGUACGACUACAGCACUGAUAAGAGAUGGGGCUUCUGUGAAACGGAGGAGCAGGCAGAGCAGAGGAGGUUGGGGGAAGAGGCUGAAGAACUGUACCAGGCCACACUUAGGGUGAUCAAUGGUACCAACCGGAGGAGCCAGAAGAAAGAGUUGUAUGAAAAACUCCUGAAAGUUGCAGAGAUGGGUCAUGCUAAGGCUAUGGAGAAGGUGGCAUAUGCCAUGCUUUUUGGAGACUACUUACCUCAGGACGUUCCUCAGGCGAAGGAGAUCUUUGAGAAACUGGCACUGGAGGGCUCCCCUAAAGCUCAGACUGCACUCGGUUUCCUAUAUGCUGCAGGAUUAGGAGUGAACUCUAGUCAAGCAAAGGCAUUGGUGUACUACACCUUUGGAGCUUUGGGUGGAAACCUAGUUGCACAUAUGAUUCUGGGCUACAGAUAUUGGGGAGGUGUUGGGGUUCCUCAGAGCUGUGAAUCUGCUCUCACUCACUACAGACUUGUGGCCAAUCAUGUGGCCAGCGAUGUGUCCCUGACAGGGGGCAGUGCAGUACAGCGGAUCAGGCUCUUGGAUGAAGUGGAAAAUCCGGGUUCUAGCAGUGGAAUGCUAGAGGAGGAUUUAAUCCAGUACUACCAGUUCUUGGCUGAGAAAGGAGAUGUGCAGGCACAGGUGGGUCUGGGCCAGUUACAUUUACAUGGAGGACGAGGUGUAGAACAGAAUCAUCAGCGAGCAUAUGAGUACUUUAACCAGGCAGCAAAUGCAGGGAAUACACAUGCAAUGGCAUUCCUUGGAAAGAUGUACUCUGAAGGCAGCGAGUACGUGCCUCAGAACAAUGAGACGGCCCUGCAAUAUUUCAAAAAGGCUGCAGACUUGGGUAAUCCAGUUGGCCAGAGUGGUCUUGGUAUGGCUUAUCUGUAUGGAAGAGGCGUUCCUGUGAACUAUGACCUGGCACUGAAGUAUUUUCAGAAAGCUGCAGAGCAGGGCUGGGUGGAUGGACAGCUACAGCUGGGAACCAUGUACUACAAUGGCAUCGGGGUAAAGCGUGAUUAUAAGCAGGCACUUAAAUUCUUUAACCUGGCAUCUCAAGCGGGUCACAUCCUAGCCUUCUAUAAUCUAGCCCAGAUGCAUGCCACGGGGACUGGGGUCAUGCGCUCCUGCCACACUGCAGUGGAGCUCUUCAAGAAUGUGUGUGAGCGCGGCCGCUGGUCUGAGAGACUCAUGGCGGCAUACGGAAGCUUUAAGGAGGGAGAUCCAGACUCUGCUCUAGUACAGUAUCUACUGCUAGCCGAACAAGGCUACGAGGUUGCUCAGAGCAAUGUGGCCUUCAUCCUCGAUCAAAAGGGGUCACAGAUCUUCAAUGAGAAUGAAACGUACCCACGGGCUUUGCUCCACUGGACCAGAGCAGCUGCUCAAGGAUACACAGUGGCCAGAAUCAAGCUGGGUGACUAUCAUUUCUAUGGCUAUGGCACUGAUGUGGACUAUGAGACUGCAGUCAUUCAUUAUCGUCUGGCCUCUGAGCAACAGCAUAGUGCACAGGCCAUGUUCAAUCUGGGGUAUAUGCAUGAGAAGGGCCUCGGUAUCAAACAGGACAUUCAUCUGGCUAAACGUUUCUAUGACAUGGCUGCAGAGGCCAGUCCCGAUGCCCAAGUUCCUGUGUUCCUGGCCCUGUGCAAGCUGGGCCUCAUUUAUGCACUACAGUACCUGCAGGAUCUCAAUCUGAAGGAGCUUCUAUCUCAGGUGGAUCUUGACCAGUUACUGGGUCCAGAGUGGGAUCUCUACCUCAUGACUGUCAUUGCUCUGCUCUUGGGCACAGUGAUCGCAUAUCGGCAGAGACAGCACCAAGCCAUACCCAGAGCCCCUGCAGCACCCCCUAGACCUCCAGGCCAGCCGGAGCAGCCUGCCGAAGAGCCUGAGGAACAAUGAGAGAGCAGGGAUCAGGGUGGAGGUGACCGAACGGGACUAGGGGUACGGGAGAACGAAUUGAGGCCCAUUAGCGUCUCUUUCCCCGGGACAGCCGCUGACACCUACACCCUGCUGUGGUCUUUAAUCCUGUAAACCCCCAAAGAGCUUUCAGGACGCUUGUUGCCCUGUCCAGCCCCUCUCUAGUCUUUUUUACUUUGGCUUGGGGAAAAACUAGAUGAACUUCUACGAUAUCUUAAACGUGCGCCUCAGGGUUUUGCCAGGUGAAAUAAUAUUUGUGCAAAUCAACGCUCACUAUGUGGGGGGAAAAAGAUAACAUUGCUGAAGGAACUAUGGUAGUUGUUCCUGAAUUUUGCUUGCCACUGUGCUAAAAGUCAAGGAUCAUACCUAUUUUGUGCAACCCAUUCAGAUUUUUUGUUCUUGUUAGUAUUAAGUUUGGUACAAAUUCGGAUUCGGACACCAUGCCUCAUUGGGAUGCAGAGUGCGAGAUGGGCUGCGCUCUGAAUUCGAUAUGUAAAAAGUUCAUACUCUAAGCAUGUGUUCCUUUUAAGUGGCUUGCUAGCAGAUUUUUCUUUUCUUUUUUUCCAGAAUUAUUUAUAAUGUCAGUAUUUGGACAAAAGUUGUUUUCACCAGCACAUAGAUGUAGAUUUCACUUGAUUAAAACAUGAGCAGUUACAGAUGAAUAAACUACAUGGUAAGUAAUCUAAGGUUA